AUGGCUGCGACAAAAGAGCAUGUCGCCACCGGCAGGCGGCCCUCGCGGCGUGCUGGACUGGACGCAGACGAGCUGCCGGUGGCCGGAGAAGUGGACGGCAUUCUCGCUGAGCUGGAGGAGCUUAUCCACAGCGCUGAGCUGGCGCUCGCCGCCGGCAAGCACCGGCGCCAGGGCGAGCACGUGUGCACCGCCAUGUGCAUGAGGAUACGGAGCUUGGAAGGGAUGUUAGUGGCCGCUCCUGGCGUUGCUGCGGCGGCCGACAACCCGAGACGUGGUGAGGGUUUCGGGAGCAGGGGGCGGCCCAGAGGCGGUGCAGCUCCACAGGGGAAUGAGACCGGUUCUGAAGAGGAGUCCGGAGGGGGCAGAGAGCAGGGAGGCGGGCCGGGAGAUGCAGAGGGGCGAAGGCAUUGGUCGGAGGUCUUUGAUGAGAAGCAGAGGGAGUUGGUCGGGAGCUUGGUUGCGCGCUUGCCGGCGAUCGUCAAACGGUUCGCCCAAGCGCAGCGAGCGCUUCUGUGCGACGUGGCAGACAAUCUGAUGCAGGCUCUGGACCUCCCGCUGGUGAUGCAGGAACAUAAGCCCAAGAAGUCUGAGAAGGGCACCCCGCCCUGGGUCAAGCCCAAGCUACAAACCCCUGAAGGACUACAGGAGCUGGUCACCCUGGCGAGAGACACCAAGUUCUGCUCGUACGAGGAAGUGGUGAAGCAGAUUCAGCAGGCCAACCAGAGGUCCCGCAAGAAGCUCGGAGCUGACGACGGGUCGGGGAGCGAAGACUGCGCUCAGGGAGUUGAGCCGCGCGCCGAGACCUGGAGUAUCCUGCUGACCUGCCCAGUGACCCUCACGAGGAUGCAGGUUCCGGCGCGCAGCCUGGCGUGCAAGCACCUGGAGUGCUUCGACCUGCUGUCGCAUCUGCGGAGCAAUGCGGGCACGCACCUGAAGCAGUGGCACUGCCCUAUCUGCAAGAAGAGCGCCACGUGGAACGAGCUCAUCGUCGACAAGUACGUCGAGAAGCUGCUGGCGGACGCCCCCCCGGACGCGUCCGAGCUGGUCAUCCGUCCGGACGCCAGCUGGGCGGUCAAGUCCGCAGCGGAGACGCUCGAGAAGCUGGGCUUUCUGCGCGAGUUCGUCAAUCUGGCGGACUCCGCGGACGAUUCGGACAGCGACGGAGAGGUGCACUCAGCAAAGGCGACGCUCUCCCCCUUUCAGGAUCAGGCUAAACCUCCCUCUCCGAUUUCGAAGCUUCGAGAAGAGGAGUCGAAUCCAGUGCCGGAGAGGAUCCGGGUUGAGCUGGAAUUGGCAGAUGAGGAAGCACAGGACGAGGGCGAGACGGAGGUUAGUGCUAACCCGCCGGGUCAAGGCGUAACCAGCGCGGGCGGGUCGGGGUCUGCGAGCCGUCCGGCCACGCCAGAAGAAGGCAGCCCGUUGGGUUCUGGGCUGAGGCAUGCGGCCCGUAGAUACGCUGCGCGGCUGCUGAGGAACUUCGUGAGCCCCCCAGAGAAGCAGCCCGGGGUUGCCGCUACUGGCGGUCCUGUGCGCAACGGAGAGCCGGGUCCAGACCUCGCGCCUGACCCUAAAACGAACCCUUUGGUGCCGGAACGUGGCGGGGAGGCAGCGUCGACAAGUCGGAGAUUCUCCCUCGCGACCCCGAGGGUGAUCGAGGCCGAGAGGGGGGGGUUUAGACAGCCGGGUAAGACCAAGAGCGGAACGGAACCCAAGCAGCCGGAUGCCGUGCACGGAAGCGAUCGCGGCCGAACCGGCGGCCGCCCUAGUUUGCCGGUAGGACGGCGAGAGCUGGCGGGACUUGACGCGCAGGCUCCGGUCCCUGAGUCGAGACUCCGGGGGAGUAACCCGGAGACUCGGAGGAAUCUCCCUGGGAACAAAGACCCCGGCACCCCAGAGAAGGCUGUUGGGCAGUCCGUGGGGAAGGCGCAGGCGCAGACGAAAGCGAAGACGUUUGGGUGGGGCGGAGCACGGGUCAAGGGGAGCGGAUCGAGAGCGGAAAAAGCUGGAGACGGGGCAAAGCGGGAUCAAGUGGGCGGUUUGCAGACGCAGCGGAAAACAAGCGAGUGGGGGGUGAGGCGUAUCAAGGGGAUUGGGAAGCGCUCGAAACACGCUUCUAGUGUGAAUACGGGCGGCUUGGGGGAGGGGGGUGAUGCGGGCGCGCUCGGAGGGGGGGUACAGCGGGGACGAGGGGCCGGGCGGGAAGGGCAGGGAAUCGAGCUCAGCAAGAUGGCGAGACAUUUGCAGAAAGCGCGGCAGCGGAAGGAAACGCCUGGAGAAGGGGGAGAGACGGGGCUACGGCGGAAAAGGAAAGCGUCUCGCGACGGGAAGCCUGCUCGGAAGAAGCGGAAGCACGUCAGUGUGAAUGAGCUCGCCGGGGCGGGCCCUCGCAAGCGGGGGAGGCCGCCGAGCGGGGAUUCGGAGGCCCCCCGGAAGAAGAACAGAGAAGAGGGCGGCAGUGCGGGUUUUGGAGCCGGGAUCGGAUCUGGUGCGGCUAAGGCGACGGGGAAAGUCUUCCCCAGGAAGAGGGACGGAACGUUCGCUAAGGUAGCGGAUGCUGGAGCCAAGAUCGUGUCCAAGGGGAGGGGUUGGGUUAGCUUGACGACCGCAAGGGCUGGCCCGGUCAAAAACGGGCCCCGUAACGUCCUUGAGAGCGGCACUCGCUCGCACAGCGAAUCAGACAGCGACGUCCCGAUCGCCCGUCUGUCAAAGGGCACGACCCCGGGGAAGGUUAAGGGAACCGCGAAACCGGCGGGUUUGGACGAGGGUUUAGGAGAGGGUUUCGGGAAGCGGGUCAGGAAGCAGUCGGUGAGGCUCGGCGAGCCAGUCAGUGCGGUGCAAAGCUCGAGGUCUGGGGGGGUUUCGGGGUUUGGACCGGAUUUGGGUUCCGUAUCCGACUCGGGCUUCUUGGCGGCUUCGGGCUUUGGACCAGGAGGCUUGCCGAACGAUUCAAGCCCGAUCAAAAGCAAAGUGAACGUCGAGAAACCGAAGGAUGGCGGCACAACCCCUGAUUCUGCGAGGGGAGAGUCUGCGAGGGGAGAGACGUCUGGUCGCGCUGCGCAAAGCGGGAGCACUAAGCUUGGAAGGGAGUCGGGUGAGAAAGUCCGAAGGAGCUCUGAGAGUGGGGUAAAAGCGCCGAGCGAAGCAGGGAAGAGCACCCGGGCAGUCGACAAGAGCACACUCGCCUUUCUAGAGGCGCUGAGCCGAACAGAGCAGAAGCACGAAGAGUACCUGAGGAAGAAGAGUUCGGAGCGGGGGGGCGCAAACACCGCUGGGAAGACCGCCCCAGAGAAGGGGAGGGGCGAGAGCCGAUCGCCUUUGGAUCGGGGGGGCGCAAGCACUGCCGGGAGGUACCCCCCAGAGCAGGAGACUGGUGAGAGCCGAAUGCCGGCGACCGGCUUUGAAGUGCCCCUUCCCGAGGCGAGCAAUGGGGAGACGCAGCAGGAAGGGGGGGUGAGCGCAACGGACUGGGAGGCGGUAUUUAGGUCUAGAUCGACCCCCCCGGAAGUGAGUGGCACUGCACAGGCGAAUACAAGACGGGAACCCGAGUCAAGUGCUUUGUCAGAAAAGGUUAACUCGGACAAAGGAGCGGAGGAUAACGGGGCGGAUUCCGUGGGCCGGAAAGGCGAAGCGCAAACGGCGGGGUUGGCGGAGAAACAAAAGGAAGGAAGCGCAGAGAAAGGAGCUGCGGCGAGCGGAAGGGCAACUUUGGGGGCUGCCAAUGUGGCGGUGUCCCUUCAGAACACGGCCUCAUACUCUUGCGACACGAUCGCCUGCCAUCAUCCACACGACGGUGGCAUCAAGUCGGUGGCGAAUAAGGGGACGGUCUGGUUCGAAAAAGACUCGAUGCAAGUGCAGCUUUCAUUCAGGAAAGAGCUCGGGCUGCCACCCCGAAUUUGGCCCCUGGAGGACGUCGGCCUAGUUAUGGGCUUCAGGGCAACAGCAUCAGAAUGGCCAUGUCAGGAGUGCAUCGUGAUCGCCGUUUUGCUUCAGAAGGCGCUGUCCCCGGAUUCGACGACACAGGGCGGGCGCCAGCGAGGUGCAGACCCCGCCUUUAUUCUCUUUGAGAUCAACGCUGACGAAUGGGGCAGGAAGCAGGCGCCCCCGAAGUGGACCGAGCGCAUCACUUUCGUGGAUGUCGAGAGCGACAUUGCGGGAAGUACAGGGUCGCGGGCCCGUGACGUCAUUGCCCGCGAGCGGAGGGACGCACUCUGGGACAGAGCUAUCGCAGAGUGCACUACUCUCGUAGAACUCCCAAAAGAAGCGCCUCUCGGUCCGGCCUCACCAGAGCCUGUUCACACCACCCCCGUCAGCGCCCCCAGAGAAAGCGCGCCCGUCACACCGGUUGCUCGGGAAGUCCAAGAGCCGCCGGCAGUGGAACGGACGUCCAAAGAGAAGGAGUCCCCACCAAACCCCCUGCCGCCUUCUCCGUCCGUUCUCCCAGAUACCUUCCGAACAGCGGAAUUGAGGGAAACGAGAGGCGGAAACGGAAGCGAGACUGCGGAAGGUGCUGGCGGCCGGAGGGAUCCCCCGGGUGCUGGUCCAAGGCUUGUUGUGAGUGGAGAGUCGUUGAAGGAGGGCGGGGCGAAGGGAGCCGUCGAAAAGGACGUCCGGAAAGGAGACAAACCGUCCGAAAGCGACCCGCGGACAGCCGACGGUGGCCCGGCAGGCGAGGGAGCUCGCAAGGAGGAAGCGGGAAAGGGAGCCAUAGAAAAAGACGUCCGAAAAGAAGAUACACGGUCCGAAAGAGACCCACGGACAGCUGAGGAUGGGCCGGCAAGCGGAGGAGCUCGCGAGGGAGAAGCAGGAAAAAGACCCGUGACGAAAGACGUCCGAAAAGAAGAAAAACCGUUUGAAAGAGACACGCGGACAGCUGAGGGUGGGCCGGCAGGUGGAGGAGUUCGUGGCGAUGAAGCGGGAAAGCGAGCCGUAACAAACGACGUCCGAAAAGAACAUGAACGGUCCGAAAGAGACCCACGGACAGCUGAGGGUGGGCCGGCAGGUGGAGGAGUCCGCAAGGAAGAGUCAAGAAAGGUAGCCGUGGAAAAGGACGUCCGGAAAGUAAAGGGAUCGACGGUAAGAACCCAGCGGACAGCGGAAGGUGGGCCGGAAAGCGAGGAGAAUCGGGAGGACAAACGGGAAAAGGGGGGGAUUGCUGAAGAUGGGGGAGGCAAUGCGUUUGCGGAGCGGUGGAGAGCGGGCUUGCAGAAGAAGGACGCUUCCAAGGGCAAAGAGGUGCCUCCAGCGCAGACAAGAGAGACUGCGCCCCCGCGGUUCAACAGCAACCGCUUGCGUGUGGGCACCUUGACCGUCCGGCAGGGCACCGUCCGCUUCACUCGCGACGGACUGAAAGUUUCUCUGGUGCACCGGAAGCCGGAAUACUGGUCGGAGCAGCUCGAGUGGCCGUUGGAGGAGCUGGGUCUUGGCUACGCGUCCCUUUUCCCCGCCGCAUCGGGUGGGAACGAUUACGCUGUCAUUCGUCUGGCUUUGAAGCGGGGGAUCCCUUGGCAAGUGGCCAAUCGUCUGGGCACCACCGUACAAGAUGCCGGAGCGCCGGUUGUCGUGUUCGAGCUGCGCUUGAGUGACUGGAGGAAGGUCGAGUCCUUCCCGGCAUGGAGGGGCUCCUGCGGAUCGUGCUCUUACGUUUACGCGUACUAUCUGAAGGAACGGCGGGACUGCAACGAAGAUGUUCGUGAUUGGCUAUGGAGGAGAGACGCUGAGUGGUUCGAUAAAGACACGGCAAACCGUUGGCAGCUGGGUUCCAGGCCCGUCGCUCGAAUGACUCGUCCGGCGACACCUGCUGACGCACCGGCUGACGCCAUCACGGGCAAGGGUGGGAACCGGGAUACCCAACCGGGGGGAGCCGGAGGCGCGCAACGAGGGGAACCAAGUGCCCGGGGAAAAGCAGCCCGGGCAGUGGGCGAGGGAUCCCCCCCCCUGACCCGGGGACAGCGCGCCGCCAGUCUGGGCGACCUGAAUAUUGACCCGCACACGGAAGUGAUCGAUCUGACGCUUGAAGCGUCGGACGGAGAAGGGGAGACGAUUUGGAGGAAAGAGAGGAAACGGCGGAGAGCUGGUUGAGAGAAGCUGGGACGAUUCGGAAUUGUCGUGCUGAGGAGAACGGUGGUGGUAAGUUCCGCGGAAGGGGCGUGUUGCAAAGUGGGCCUGAUUUGGCGGAGCAAGCAGGAGUGGGAGCCGGCGGAUCGCCGCAGAGGAACAAGAGAGGGCGUGCAAAAAACGAGCGGUGUAGCAACGCAGUGAGGGGGGCCAGAGACGCAGACGGAG